CUAUGUUGCUACGACUACAUCCUGACAUUGGAUCGUGAAAUCAAAUUCAUAUGGAAGGCCGACCUCUCACUUGCAACUUCACUAUAUUACGCGUCCAGAUAUGCCGCGCUAUCCAAUACAAUCAUCGUAUUGCUUACUCGGAUUGCAUGGACAAGUUGGCAAACUAUUUAUGUAAGUUUACAUAGGCAUUCGGUGCUUCCAUGCAUACCUGUCAAAUGCUUGCAUUUAUGCUCAGCUAACAUCAAUGUCUCUAUGCAGUAUAUUUUCGUGGUAACGUCGCCAGAACUUUAUGUGGUCAUGGGUUUUCAAGCGUGUACCUUUAGCAUCAUAGGCAGCUAUUCGUCCUAUGAAACGUUGAUGAUCUCUGCAAGAGCUGCCUCGCUCGUGUCUGAUGGCUUGGUAUUGACGUUGACAUGCAUGAAAACCGCUCGGAAGACAGAUUCAGGAUUCAUCAAAUCACCCCUUGGGCCAUCCUUGCAGGAUAUAUUGUUGAGGGAUACCACGAUAUGCUUUGCAUUCCUCUGUGUCAUCAACGUCAUCGGGAUUGCAACAGGUCGCAUGAUUGAGUUCAUCGAUAUCUGGCAGAGUUGGACAGCAAUGUGA